UGCACAGUUAUUUUUCCGAAGCUCUCGAGUGCGGUUCGAUGCGGAAGCUUUCUCGUGCUUGCAGUCCAGUUGAAGAAUAAUAAUAAUAGAAAACGUAAUUCAAACAAUUUAAUCAAAACGCGGCGAUCGAUGAAUAUUGUUAUUGCGACUGCAGGAGAAAAAUUGUUUGUUUAAUUGCAAGCGAGCCGCAAAAAACGGUCGACCAGUGCCAAGCCAACAACAACAACCAGUGAAUUAUUGUACUUAAUUUUAACGUACAAAUGCCAGUGUGUGUGUGUGCGUAGAUUCCGGCAGAAAAGUGUCAGUGUGUGCGUGAGCGCGGCUUUAUCAAUUGCUCCACAUAAAAGUUUUCAUUGAAGUGUUUGACAGCAAAGAAUUUCAAUUCCCAUUCCCAGCUAGCAAGAAUAAGAAGCAGGCGAAGGGGAAGAAGAAGCAGAGAGCAGUCAGCUUAAAACGCAGCCAGCAGAGCGAAAGAGACAGCCGCGGAUCGCCAGAAAGAGAGGGCAAAUCGAAUCGGUUGUCGACGGCGGAGGUUUGACAAUAUGUUGAGCCCCCAUAAUGAAGGAAAUUGAUACGGAGACAACAGUAGUAUGGCCAGCCUGGUGUUAUUCCGGUAACGCACCCACAGACAUACUGCAGCAGAAGCCAGCCAAGGCCACCACCGCCAUUGUGGGCGGUCGCAGCGCAGCCCAACCGGCGACCCACGACGACCAGGAGGCGGCGACGACCGCUUCCACAGCCACCAAGCGGAAGCAUCUCGAGCGGUUGGCCAGCGAUCUGCGGCAGCUGGGCAAGAAGGGCAGGAGGAGUCGCUCGAUUAGUCCCUGUAGUAGAUAUCCCACCGUUGCGGAAACGGCCAAAAUGCUUAGCGAACGAUCGCUGCUGCUCAGCGGCUAUGGAGCCAUCGAGAGCAGCGCCAAGAAGCUGAGCGAAGCGGCGACCGGUGGUGCGGGUGCGGGUGGUGGUGCUGUCGGUCAGGCUGCCACGCCCAACGCCAGCCAACUAUGUGCACCCGCCUCCUCAGCAUCCUCCUCAUCCAUGUCGUCCUCCUCCGUGGGCAGCGCUUGCAACACCAAUGCCAACACCACGGCAUCGGUGGCGGCUGCCUAUGCGGCUUUCUAUUUGGAGAAGGUCAAGCACGAGAAGAUGGACAAUCACAAGGAUGCGCCGAUGGUCACCAUACACAAUAACAACAACAACAACACCAUCAACAACAACAAUAGCAGUAGCUGUAGCAGCGGCAGCAUCAACAACCAUCAAUCGAGUCAACCCAGUCUGGGCCACAGCGUCAAAAGGGAGCGGCUCAGUCCAGGGAGCAACAGCAGCAGCCACAACGGCGAACUCACCGUCAGCUCAUUUGCCAGAUCUCGCAGCGCCACGCCCUCGUCGUCAUCGUAUCGUGGUGCCGGCGGUGGUGCUGGUGGUGGUGGUGGUGGUGGUGUCUCACCCAACCACCAGCAACAACAACAGUCCCAGCAGCAACAACGUCUUAGUCCGCCCAGUGGCCCAUCGAUGGCAACAGCAGCCACCACAUCAUCAUCAUCGGCAUCAUCAUCAUCGGCAUCGACAGCAGCAACAGCAGCCACACACAUGCCGCUGCACAAUUUGUCAACGAAUUUGCUAAAUAGCAUUCAACAGGCUGCCAGUCAGCAGCAACUGCGCAGCAGCAACAGCAACAGCAGCAGCAACAUCAGCGGCAGCAGCAACACCGCCAAAUCGGAUGGAGGUGGUGCCGCCUCGAAUGCCGCGGAUUUCUCCACCCGCAACUAUUCGGACAUUAUGCGAUGCCUGGCGGCCAAGUACAACAAUGCCAAUCCCAAUGACAAUAAUGCAACUCGACGCAAUUCCUACUACGACGGCAGCACUUCUGCGACAACAGCCACUGGAGGAGCAGGCGGUGGAGGCGGCGGAUCAGGAGGCACAAACUCUGCUCCAAGCAACGCCCUCAAGUCGGCCAGCAGCUCCGCCGGCAACACAACAUCCACUGCCAAGAAGCUCUCCACAUCGGCGGCGAACAGUGGUGCCGUCAGUCUGCCCAAGGAGGCCAAAGUGAGUGCGGCCGGUGGUGCAGGUGUGGGUGGUGCGGCAGCCACUGGUGGUGGCUCGUCCAUGUCGCAACUGGCUCCACCACCCAACGCUCCAUCGCCCACGGAGCAGGCCAAGAGCCAAAUGGCCGCCGUGGUGGCAGCAGCGAGUGUUUCGCCGUUUAUGACCAACUUUCUGCCCUUCUCGUCCGGCAUUUUCCCGCCGCUGAUAGACAUGAGCAGCACCCAGGCACUGCUGACCCUGGCGCGUGCUGUGAAAGAUGCCGAAAUCCAGGAGAUUCUGCGCAGCAAACAGCAGCGCUCCGGUUCGAAUGCCUCGUCGCCGAGUGCGAGUGCGGCGGGCACGCCACGUUCCAGUUCCACCCUGAAUGCCGCACUGCAUCAGGCAGCCCAAUUUGUUACACCCGCUCUGAUCUACUCGGCCCAGCUGCAACAGCAACAACAGCAGCAGCAGCAACAUCAACGGCAGCAGCAACAGCAGCAGCAAUCGCAUCACGCUUCGCGGCAGUCUAGUCCACGUUCCACCAAUGAUUCCUCGACGGUGGCGCCCAUCGGUGACGGCGGCGGUGGCUCCUCAAUUGCGUCGGCGGCGCCAUUGGAUUUGAGCUCCCAGCCGCCGGCCGCCAAGCGCUUCAAGGCAGAGCGUCGUGCCAGCUCCACGGCCACCACGGCAACAACAGCCACCACAGGCUCAUCCACGUCCACACCAUCCCCGCCACCGUUGGACCAGCACGACGAUAUCAAUUCUGGCAACGCCAACGCCGGUCUAGGCACCGCAUCGGGAACGGGAGAGAGUGCUGCAGCGGGAUCGGGAGUAGGAGCAGGAGCAGGAGUAGGAGCCGGAACAGGAGUUGGGAAGGCCCGAAGACGAUGUCAGGCGCAGAGCGAGGAGGUUAACUCCUGGUCCGUGGACGAUGUGUGCGGCUUUGUGGGCGGAAUUGAUAUAUGCGCCGAAUACGUUCAGUCGUUUCGUGAUCAGUCCAUCGAUGGCACUGGCCUGCCGCUCUUAACCGAGGAUCACCUGGUUAACUCGCUGGGCAUGAAGCUGGGGCCGGCUCUCAAGCUGCGCUCCAUAUUGGCGAAGAAAUUGGGCGGGCCGUGUCCGUGUGUUGCAUGCGUUGCGCAGGCGCAACAAAUGCUGGCACUGCAAACGGGUGGGGCAGCCGCAGUAGGAGCAGCAGCACCAGGAGCAGCAGCAGCAGUAGCAACGGGAGCAGGAGCGGGAGCGGGAGCAGCAUCGGCCACAACUAGUUGCAGCAUCAAGUCGGAGAUCUUCAAUGGCGGCAGCAACGGUAGCAGCAACAGCAACAGCAGCAGCAGCAAUCAGGGCAGCGAUGUUGCAGCUCCGCCGGCGGCAGCAGAAAUGUUGCAUACUUCUAGGAAUUUGCUCAAUGGAUAA